AUGGAGAAGGAGGAUACAUAUUCAGAUGUGAAAGAGAACUCUGAAUAUUUGGAUGCACCAAGGAAGGAGGAGAGAAAACGCCCACCUAAAGGAAGGAAUAAUUCUGGUCUUUUACAAAGAAAUGAUUCUCUACAGCAAAAAUGUCAACGAGACAACAGAAAUAAGUGCACUGCAAGCAGGGAAAAUUUCACUGAAAUAUCAGAUAUUAAUAUUCAACAAAGGAAGUGUAAAAGAAAGAAAAUAUAUGACUGUCUGGAGUGUGGAAAAAGUUUCAGGCAGAGAGUGCACCUUACUUCCCAUGAAAGAAUUCACACAGGGGAGAAGAAGUAUAAAUUCCUGGAGUGUGGGGAAAGCUUCAGUCACAGUUUCAGUUUUCCUUCCCAUGAAAGAAUUCACACAGGGGAGAAGAAGUAUAAAUUCCUGGAGUGUGGGGAAAGCUUCAGUCACAGUUUCAGUUUUCCUUCCCAUGAAAGAAUUCACACAGGGGAGAAGAAGUAUAAAUUCCUGGAGUGUGGGGAAAGCUUCAGUCACAGUUUCAGUUUUCCUUCCCAUGAAAGAAUUCACAAAGGGGAGAAACCAUAUGAAUGCCUGCAGUGUGGGAAAUGGUUCAGGAAGCGUUCACACCUUACUUCCCACCAAAGGACUCAUACAGGGGAGAAGAAAUAUAAAUGUCUGGAGUGUGGGGAAAGCUUCAUUCAGAGUAACAAUCUUAGUUCCCAUCAAAGAAUUCACACAGGGGAGAAACCAUAUGAAUGCCUGGAGUGUGGGAAAAGUUUCCGUUGGAGUACAGUCCUUACUUCCCACCAAAGGAUACACACAGGGGAGAAACCACAUAAAUGCCUGCAGUGUGAGAAAAGGUUCAGGAAGCGUUCACUCCUUACUUCCCACCAAAGGAGUCAUACAGGGGAGAAGAAAUAUAAAUGUCUGGAGUGUGGGAAAAGCUUCAUUCAGAGUAACAAUCUUAGUUCCCAUCAAAGAAUUCACACAGGGGAGAAACCAUAUGAAUGCCUGCAGUGUGGGAAAAGGUUCAGACAUCGUUCAAACCUUACUUCCCACCAAAGGAUACACACAGGGGAGAAACCAUAUAAAUGCCUGGAGUGUGGGAAAAGCUUCAGUCACCGUGGAAGCCUUACUUCCCAUCAAAGAAUUCACAAAGGGGAGAAACCAUAUGAAUGCCUGCAGUGUGAGAAAAGGUUCAGGAAGCGUUCACACCUUACUUCCCACCAAAGGACUCAUACAGGGGAGAAGAAAUAUAAAUGUCUGGAGUGUGGGAAAAGCUUCAUUCAGAGUAACCAUCUUAGUUCCCAUCAAAGAAUUCACGAUGGGGAGAAACCAUAUGAAUGCCUGCAGUGUGGGAAAAGGUUCAGACAUCGUUCAAACCUUACUUCCCACCAAAGGAUACACACAGGGGAGAAACCAUAUAAAUGCCUGGAGUGUGGGAAAAGCUUCACUGUGAGUUGCAGUCUUAUUUCCCAUCCAAGAAUGCACACAGGGGAGAAACCAUAUCAAUGCCUGGAGUGUGGGAAAAGCUUCACUGUGAGUUGCAGUCUUAUUUCCCAUCCAAGAAUGCACACAGGGGAGAAACCAUAUCAAUGCCUGGAGUGUGGGAAAAGCUUCCGUUGGAGUUACAGUUGUACUUCCCAUCAAAGAAUUCACACAGAGGAGAAACAAUACAAAAUAUAUGAAUGUCUGGAGUGUGGAAAAAGUUUCAGGCAGAGAGCGCGACUUACUUCUCAUCAAAGAAUUCACAUAGGGGAGAAACCAUAUAAAUGCCUGGAGUGUGGGAAAAGUUUCCGUCAGAGUGCAUACCUUAUCUCCCACCAAAGAACACACGCAGGGGAGAAGAAAUAUAAAUGCCUGGAGUGUGGGAAAAGCUUCAAUCACAGUAGCAAUCUUACUUCCCAUCAAAGAAUUCACACAGGGGAGAAACCAUAUAAAUGCCUGGAGUGUGGAGAAAGUUUCAUUCAGAGUGGACACCUUACUUCCCACCGAGGAACGCACACAGGGGAAAAACCAUAUAAAUGCCUGGAGUGUGGCAAAAGCUUCUGUUGGAGUUCUGGUCUUACUUCCCAUCAAAGAGUUCACUCAGGGGAGAAACCAUAUAAAUGCCUGGAGUGUGGAAAAAGCUUUAGUUCACACCUUAGUGUUCAUCAAAGAAUUCACACAGGGGAGAAACCAUAUAAAUGCCUGGAUUGUGGGAAAAGUUUCCGUCAGAGUAUAGGCCUUAUUUCACACCAAAGGACACACACAGGGGAUAAAAAAUAUAAAUGCCUGCAGUGUGGGAAAAGCUUCAGUUACCACUGCAGUCUUACUUCCCAUGAAAGAAUUCACACAGGGGAGAAACCAUAUAAAUGCCUGGAGUGUGGGAAAAGUUUCCGUCAGAGUGGAGACCUUACUUCCCACCAAAGGACACACACAGGUGAGAAGAAAUAUAAAUGCCUGGAGUGUGGGAAAAGUUUCAGUCAUAGUGGAAGCCUUACUUCCCAUCAAAGAAUUCACAAAGGAGAGAAACCAUAUGAAUGCCUGCAAUGUGGGAAAAGGUUCAGUCAGAAUUCACACCUUACUUUGCAUCAAAGAAUUCACACAGGGGAGAAGAAAUAUAAAUGUCCAGAGUGUGGGAAAAGCUUCAUUCAGAGUAGCAAUCUUACUUCCCAUCAACGAAUUCAUACAGGGGAGAAACCAUAUAAGUGUCUGGAGUGUGGGAAAAGCUUCAGGAAGAAUGGACACCUUACUUCCCACCGAAGAACACACACAGGGGAGAAACCAUAUAAAUGCCUGGAGUGUGGGAAAAGCUUCACUAUGAAUUGCAGUCUUAUUUCCCACCAAAGAAUGCACACAGGAGAGAAACCAUAUAAAUGCUUGGAGUGUGGGAAAAGCUUCACCUCCUGUGGAAGCCUAAUGCAUCACUGGAGAAUUCACACAGGGGAGAAACCAUAUCUAUACCUCAAAUGUGAGGAAAGCUUCAAGCAGAGUGGAAGCCUUAGGUAUCAUCAGAGAACUCACACAGGGGAGAAACUGUAUAAAUGCCUUGAAUGUGGAAAAAGCUUCAAGCAGAGUGGAGGCCUUAGGUAUCAUCAGAGAAUUCACACUGGGGAGAAACCAUAUAAAUGCCUGGAAUGUGGAAACGGCUUUACGAGCAAAAAACCCCUUACUUGCCAUCAAAUAAUUCACACUGGGGAGAAACCAUAUAAAUGUCUGGAAUGUGGGAAAAGCUUCACACGGAAGAAUACUCUAACUUUCCAUCAAAGAAUUCACACAGGGGAGAAACCAUAUAAAUGCCUGGAGUGUGGGAAAAGCUUUCGACAGAAGUCUAAAUUAACUGUCCAUCAAAGAAUCCACACAGGUGAGAAUCCAUAUAAAUGCCUGGAGUGUGGAAACAGCUUUACUAGCAAACAAAGCCUUAUUUACCAUGAAAGAAUUCAUACAGGAGAGAAACCAUAUAAAUGUCUUGAGUGUGGAAAAAGCUUUCCACGGAAGGAUAUGCUAACUUUCCAUCAAAGAAUUCACACAGGGGAGAAACCAUAUAAAUGCCUGGAGUGUGGAAACUGCUUUAUUAGCAAACAAAGCCUUACUUACCAUGAAAGAAUGCAUACAAGGGAGAAACUGUAUAAAUGUUUGGAGUGUGGAAAAAGCUUUCCACGGAAGGAUAUGCUAACUUUCCAUCAAAGAAUUCACACAGGGGAGAAACCAUAUAAAUGCCUGGAGUGUGGAAACUGCUUUACUAACAAACAAAGCCUUACUUACCAUCAAAGAAUUCAUACAGGGGAGAAACCCUAUAAAUGCCUACAGUGUGGAAAGUACUUUAAUAGCAAAGGAGGCAUUACUUACCAUGUAAGAAUUCAUACAGGGGAGAAACCCUAUAUAUGCCUGGAGUGUGGAAAGUCCUUUAGUAGCAAAGGAGGCCUUACUUACCAUGAAAGAAUACAUACAGGGGAGAAACCCUAUAAAUGCCUGGAGAGUGGAAAGUACUUUAAUAGCAAAGGAGGCAUUACUUACCAUGUAAGAAUUCAUACAGGGGAGAAACCCUAUAUAUGCCUGGAGUGUGGAAAGUCCUUUAGUAGCAAAGGAGGCCUUACUUACCAUGAAAGAAUACAUACAGGGGAGAAACCCUAUAAAUGCCUGGAGUGUGGAAAGUACUUCAGUAGCAAAGGAGGCCUCACUCACCACGAAAGAAUUCAUACAGGGGAGAAACCAUACACAUCCAUGGUAUGGCAACAGUUUUCCACGGAAGGAGACACUAACUUAGCAAACUGCGGAGUAAGCGUAGAAAUGCCUGGAGUGUGGGAAGAAAAGGAGACUGUAAAAUUAGAAACCAACCUUAUUUCCAUCAUUAAAAUACUGUCUUAUAUAAGACCAGAUUACUUCAGGUGGAGUGAUGACCUUACUUCUCACCAACGAACACAACGAGGGGAGAAACCAUAUAAAUUCCUGAAAUGCUUCAAGCGGAGUGGAAGCCUUAUGCAUCACUGGAGAAUUCACACAGGGGAGAAACCAUAUCUAUACCUCAAAUGUGAGGAAAGCUUCAAGCAGAGUGGAAGCCUUAUGUAUCAUCAGAGAACUCACACAGGGGAGAAACUGUAUAAAUGCCUUGAAUGUGGAAAAAGCUUCAAGCAGAGUGGAAGCCUUAGGUAUCAUCAGAGAAUUCACACUGGGGAGAAACCAUAUAAAUGCUGGGAGUGUGGAAACUGCUUUACGAGCAAAAAAACCCUUACAUGCCAUCAAACAAUUCAUACAGGGGAGAAACCAUAUAAAUGCCUGGAGUGUGGGAAAAGCUUUCGACAGAAGACUAUAUUAACUGUCCAUCAAAGAAUCCACACAGGUGAGAACCGAUAUAAAUGCCUGGAGUGUGGGAAAAGCUUUCGACAGAAGACUAUAUUAACUGUCCAUCAAAGAAUCCACACAGGUGAGAACCGAUAUAAAUGCCUGGAGUGUGGAAACUGCUUUGCUAGCAAACAAAACCUUACUUACCAUGAAAGAAGUCAUACCGGAGAGAAACCAUAUAAAUGUCUGCAGUGUGAAAAAAGCUUUACACGGAAGGAAGCGCUAACUUUCCAUCAAAGAAUUCACACAGGGGAGAAACCAUAUAAAUGUCUUGAGUGUGGAAAAAGCUUUCGACAGAAGAAGAUAUUAAAUUUCCAUCAAAGAUUUCACACAGGUGAAAACCCAUUUAAAUGCCUGAAGUGUGGAAACUCCUUUGCUAGCAAACAAAGCCUUACUUACCAUGAAAGAAUACAUACAGGGGAGAAACCAUAUAAAUGCCUGGAGUGUGGAAACUGCUUUAUUAGCAAACAAAGCCUUACUUACCAUGAAAGAAUACAUACAGGGGAGAAACCAUAUAAAUGUCAGAAGUGUGGGAAAAGCUUUCGGCAGAAGAAGAUAUUAACUGUCCAUGAAAGAAUCCACAUAGAUGAGAGCCCAUAUAAAUGCCUGGAGUGUGGAAACUGCUUUACUAACAAACAAAGCCUUACUCACCAUCAAAGAAUUCAUACAGGGGAGAAACCCUAUAAAUGCCUGGAGUGUGGAAAGUCCUUUAGUAGCAAAGGAGGCCUUACUUACCAUGAAAGAAUACAUACAGGGGAGAAACCCUAUAAAUGCCUGGAGUGUGGAAAGUCCUUUAGUAGCAAAGGAGGCCUUACUUACCAUGAAAGAAUACAUACAGGGGAGAAACCCUAUAAAUGCCUGGAGUGUGGAAAGUCCUUUAGUAGCAAAGGAGGCCUUACUUACCAUGAAAGAAUACAUACAGGGGAGAAACCCUAUAAAUGCCUGGAGUGUGGAAAGUCCUUUAGUAGCAAAGGAGGCCUUACUUACCAUGAAAGAAUACAUACAGGGGAGAAACCCUAUAAAUGCCUGGAGUGUGGAAAGUACUUCAGUAGCAAAGGAGGCCUCACUCACCACGAAAGAAUUCAUACAGGGGAGAAACCAUACACAUCCAUGGUAUGGCAACAGUUUUCCACGGAAGGAGACACUAACUUAGCAAACUGCGGAGUAAGCGUAGAAAUGCCUGGAGUGUGGGAAGAAAAGGAGACUGUAAAAUUAGAAACCAACCUUAUUUCCAUCAUUAAAAUACUGUCUUAA